UAUCUCUGAUUUGCUGCUUUUCCAUUAGUUUCAACCAGGUGCCUCUUCUUUGUGCUCACUGUGCACACAUAUUGUAAUUCAUUCCCUCGAUUCAGUUAAGGAUGGGGAUGUUUGGUACAAGCCAUGCUUUUAUGAACAUUUCCCAGUGACGGAAUUUCCCGCAUGGCCUGUGCAUUUGCUGUAAUUUACAGCGCCCCGCAUGGAAGGGGAAAGGCCUUAUAUGGUAGCGGAAGUGGGUGUGGCCAACGGGACAGUAGGGGAUCACAAGACUUCAGCUGAAAGAGAAUGUGUUGUUCCAUACUUCAUGUACGAGUCAACUACAGUGUUUUGGGCGUUUUGAUUCGCAUGUGCGUGCAAUAGUAACGAAAUCGCAUGCAAUUGUUUUGAAAACGCCUCGCCAUUUUGUCAAAGAGCCCUCCAUUUCCAUUUCUCGGUGCUUUCGUUUGCACAAGGAUCUACCUCUUGACUUGAAUAUUACUGGAGUGAGGUCAGCAUUGCAUGACUCAAUCGUGGAUAAGCAUGCAGUCAUUUUUCUACUGUUGCAUUGGACCUUGCAGUUGUUCUUAGGACGACCUGAAAACAAACGCUGAAAAUAACACGUACGGUUGUCUCCAAUGAAUGAGCAACAAGUUAACCUAAAGACUUCUCAACCCAGCUUGACAUCCCGGGAGUGGAAGAGUUGCCAGUGAAGAAAAAAGCAAAUGGACAUGUUUGAGUUACAGCGUUCUGAAACGGCUAUUUCUGAACAGGAGAUGCUGCAGUUUUUUCUUUUAAAGCUUACCUGCAUUCCUACCAUGUUGAGUAGGUUUGGAUGACCAUUAACUGUCUAUCGAGGGUUCUUUGUCAAGGUUGAUACUCUAAGACUCUUCAUUAAACCAGAGAACGCUUUGUGUGGUUUGGGAAUUUGAACGCUUGUCUCCUUAACCUCCCACUCCACCACACCCCAGAAUCUAUAUUCAUGAAAGUCAUGAGUUUGCAACCUCAACAGAAACCAAACGCAAAGAGAACGGGCAAGCGCAUCACUUUCUUUAACGAUCAGGGUGUGGCGAUGAAAGAGGCCUCUCAGCAUACAGAGGCCUACUAUGGCAUUGGGGUCCCUCAGUCAGGGCCAGGCCAUAAUGAAAGUGGAGGUGUGGAAAGCUUGAACGCAGAAGCACCACAUACGUACCUCAAUUCUGUCAUUUUCAGCCCAGAGAAGGGCGAUCAAAGCCGUGGGCACUACCAACAGAUGAUGCCCAUGAAGUGGUCACAUCAAGACCCACCUUUGCAGCCCCAACAGCGAACAGGCAGUUGGUCACAAGGCAUGUCCGCUUGGCCCCAGAACUUUGGCUCGUACCUGGGGGCUCAGGCGGCUUUUGCAAAGCAGAUGCAUGAGGGCAUGUCAGUACAACCUCAGCAGCAGCAACCUGAGCCUUCGACUAUUAGGCCAACUGAAAAACAUGGGGCUAACAUAAGUGGAGAGACCUUUAGGGAUACGACGGCCAAGCCUGCCCGGGGCAUGGACUGGGAACAGCAGCAAACCUUUCAGCAAACGCAAAAGCCUGGAAUGUUGAAUCCGCAGCAGCACGGACAAUCCACCACUGGGAAUUCUGUGCUGCAACCCUUUCAGUUGGCUUUUGGACAGCCCAAGCAGGUUGCGGGUUACUAUCAGGUAGUUCAGGGCAAUCGGACCUUGCCAAAUUUGAAUUACAGCACGCAGACGAAUUCCCAACAGCUUCAGCAACUGCAGCAGCAGCAGCAGCACAAAGAGCAGCAGCAAAAGCUGCAGCGGCAUAUAUUAUUGCAACAACAACGGCAUCAACAGCUGGAACAGCAGAUACGACAACAGGCGCAGCAGCAGCAGGUACUUCAGCGUCAAAAACAGAUACCACAGCAAUUAAAACACACUCAGCAGCCGCCACAACAACAUAUGCAACAGAUUCAACCACAACAAGACUUGGUGCAGCAGCAGCAGCAGCAGCAGCAGCAACAACAAAAAUCUGAGCAACCUUUUCAGAACCAGCAUGUAUUGGAAAACUACUCCGAUGGCCAGCAGCCGCACGCUUCUUCAGUUGAUCAGCAUCACCCCUCGUUACCAGGGCAGUCCCAAGAGACAACUGAGCCAAAACAGAUUCAAGAUUCUGUUCCUCCCACAAACGUUCCCCAGCAAUCCAUCGAGACCCAACAACCUGGGCCCCGGAGGUCACGUCGGCUUUCAAAGGAGGGUGGAGGCCCUGCCUCGGAUAACCCGUUCGUCAUGCCGACCGAUCUGCACACCCAAGGCUCUCAGAAUGGUGCUUCUGAGACCAAUGCGGUGCAAGACAUCCGGGCCGCUCCGACAGGUGUAAUCCAGAGUACACGACGUAAGAGGAGGGUGUCGCAAGAGGUCAAUUUGGAAACCUUGGCUCAGAAGGCAUCGGAAAGGGAAUCGCUUCCUUCACGUAAUGUCAAGCAAGAGCCGCACAGGCCCUGGAGCCCCCCUGUUGCCCCGACGGGUCCGGGACGAGGGGCAGCUGAGGUGGAUCAAGUGAGCGCCAAGCGGCCCAGAGAUGACAGCCUUAUGCCGCUGGUCAUUCCAGUCUCUGUGCCAGUGAGGCAGACUGAUUCCUCAUCCCCGGAUCAUGAUCAUGCCUCACUCUCAGCUAGUUGGCCUUCACGGCCUUUGGGCACCCAAGACAUGAGCUGCUCCGAUUACAAGACUUCUGUGAUUGUCACACGACGACGUUCACUGAGGAACUCUCUGUCUGAGAGCUCGGGCCAGAAUGGCGGAGCAGAGAGCGGAAGUGAAGCUGACGGGAAAUUGGCCAAAGCCAAACGACGGCCUCGUCCAGAGCCGCUCUUCAUACCUCCACCCAAACUUGGAACAUUCAUUGCCCCACCGGUCUACUCCACUAUCACACCCUACCAGAGUCACUUGCGUUCACCUGUCCGACUGGUCGACAACCCCCUCAACAUGCCGCCUUACACUCCCCCGCCCAUCCUCAGCCCAGUUCGAGAGGGUUCGGGUCUUUACUUUUCCACCUUCCUGUCAGCCGCUGCCGCUGCAGCAGCAGCAGCCAGCAAUCAGGGGCUGCCCCCACCUGCCACUCCCAAAUCUGCCACCCGCAGCCUCCUGCGCUCCAACAGCAGUGAUAUAACCCCUCCAGUUCUCUCUGCUAUGAGUGAGGCUACACCUGUUAGCAUUGAGCCUCGGAUAAACAUUGGAUUGCGCUAUCAGGCGGAGGUCCCGGAGCUGAGAGAGCGCUCGGCAGCGCAGCACGACCUACACAAGGCUGAGCUGGUGUGGGCGCCACUGCCUGACCUGGAGGCCAAUACUGAGCAACUGCAAAGAGUGGAUGACCUCAUGCACCUGGCGUGCUCGAGUGCGCUGUGUGGAGGAGGGACCAAUCAGGAGCUGGCCAUGCACUGCCUGUAUGAAUGCAAGGGUGACGUCAUGGGAGCCCUUACCCUUCUGUUGUUAAAAAACCCCAUCUUUCCCAAAGCACACCCCCUGGCUGGCUACCACUACUCUGGCUCUGACAACUGGACGCCAGAGGAACGACGUUUCUUCAACAAAGGCAUUGCUUCCUACAAGAAGGACUUUUUCAUGGUUCAGAAACUGGUGAGCUCCAAGACCGUGGCUCAGUGUGUGGAGUUCUACUACACGUAUAAGAAGCAGGUGAAGAUCGGCAGGAACGGGACACUCAUUUACGGAGAAGCAGAGCCACCAGAGACUAAACCCACAACAGAGGAGGAAGUGGACAACAAAAGUUCACAGAAAUUUGAAUCACGGAAAGAAGACGAGGAGAGCAGGAAGUGGGAAGGGUCAUGUGACAGGAAACAAGAAAACAGCCCGGGCAGGGUGACGCAAUCGCUACAGGCCACUGAAAAUGCUGCUGCUGUCUUGGUCUUAAGAAGUCAGGAAGACAGCACUAGAGAUCCGUCCACGUUGGGGGUCAGUCAUCCUCCCCCUUCUGCUCCUCCACCACAGUCUAAACCCCGCUCCGACACCGCAGGCCGGAAAAGCACUGGCAAUACAGGAAAGGGACAAACGAACCAAGAGGGUGAAUUCCCCUGCAAAAAGUGUGGCAGGAUCUUCUAUAAGGUAAAGAGCCGCAGUGCCCACAUGAAGAGUCACGCUGAAGCGGAGAAAAAAGCAGCUGCGCUCCGGCAGAGGGAAGCUGAGCAGCGGGCCGCGGCCGCCAUGUUGGCCGCCCAGCAAAAUGGAGCAAUGGGAGAUCAGAGCAGAAUGAGGAGAGCCAGCAGCGACGACUCCUCAGAGGAAGAGGAGGAUGCAGAUGAUGAUGACUGGCACUAGCUAACAAUCUCUUUCAAAAAACCUAUUUAUUUUUAUUUUACCAGCCAACAAGACCCAUCCCAGAAGAACAGUUUCAGGGACUGGCUCACUCCCGUAGAGUGUUUGUGUGAGUGCGUAUGUGUGUUACGUGUACAUGAGACGGACAAAGACGGAGACCGAUGCUGUAGAAGCAUUCAGGGGCUUAAUGUGCAGAUAUAUAGGGCUAUUGGGAGUGUAAGCCAUGCCAUCUCAGUGUGAAUGUGUGCGCGUGUCUAUAAUAUGCACUUUCGGACUCAUCCAACACACACUGAUCGGACCGCAGCACAUCUAUCCAGCAUCUGUGCACAGAUCUCACUCACUGUUCUCCCGUGAAAAGAACCUUUAUGGAUUCAGUGCUGUGGAUGUAGGAGGACACAGAAGCAAGUGUGUGUGUAAGUGUGUGUUUAGUCUUUUCUCCAUUUUCGAAAAUGAAAACGACGGUAUCUUUCUCUUCCACGUGACUGCCAAACGCUUGCACAACUGUGCUUGUACGCCUGGUUUUGAUCUCCAGUGCUGUAAUUUUGGGCUUUCUGUUUUGAGUAUCUUAAGGGUAAAGUUCAUCCGAAAUGGAAAAUUCUGUCAUUUUCUCACCCUCAUGACAUUCCAAACUUUUUUUUUUUUGUUUGCUCUUUCUUCAAAACACAAAGUGAGACAUCUAGCAGAAUGCUCAUGCUGUUCUUUCGCAAGUAUUGUCCAAGGGCUUUCAAAAUUUAAAAAGGACACAUCAAAAAACAUCAUAAAAGUAUGUCAAAAACUAUUAUGCUAUAUUCCAAGUCUUGUGAAUAGGUUUGUAUAAAAAAAUCACAGAAUGAACUCUUUGCUCAUCUUGACAGUGUUAUUUAAAACAAGAUCUAUUGAAAAUCAUUUUCUUAAAUUGAUAUAAAUUAGGGCCGUAAAAUCAAUUAAUUGUGGAUAAUCGCAUCAAAAAUAAAAGUUUGUUUGCAUAAUAUAUGUGUAAGUACUUUGUAUAUUUACAUGUGUGUGUGUGUGUGUAUAUAUAAAUGCACACACGUAUAUAUUUAAGAAAUAUGUAAUAUAUAUUUAUAUAUAAUAUAGGUUCUCUAUAUGUAAAUAUUUCAUAUAUAUAUAUGUUUGUGUAUUUAUAUAUGCAUAUAAAUAUACACGCAUGUAUUAUGUAAACACAAACUUUUAAUUUUGAUGCAAUUAUUCAUGAUUAAUCGAUUUGACAGAACCAAUUUAAAGCUAAAAUAAAAUAUACAUAUUAGAUGAAAAACUAAAUAAUUGGAAAAUAACUGAAAAGAGAUUAAGAUGAAGUACAAAAAUAGCUAAACCUGAUAUUCGAUUAAUCUGACAUUGAUUAUUGUAAUUCAUCGCAUCCUAAAUAACAGUUUGUUUACAUAAUGUGUGUAUUGUUUAUAUUUGUGUUUAUAUAUACAUAUAAAUAUACACAGUACACACACAUUAUGUAAACAAACUUAUUUUGAAUGCGAUUGAGAUUAAUCAAUUUGACAGAACUAAUUUAAAGCUAAAAUUAAAUAUUAGAUGAAAAAAGGAAAAUAACUGAAAUGAGUUUAAGAUAAAGCACAAAAAGAACUAAAACUAUACCUGAAAUUUGAUUAAUCUGACAUUGAUUAGGCGUGAUUAAUCGCAUCCAAAUAUAUAUAUAUAUGUAUGUAUACAUAUAUAUAUAUAUAUAUAUAUAUAUAUAUAUAUAUAUAUAUAUAUAUAUAUAUAUAUAUAUAUAUAUAUAUAUAUAUUUAAGAAAUAUUUACAUGUAUAUACAUAUUCAUAUUUAUAUGAUUUAUGUUGCACGUAAAUAUAAAUAUAUAUUACGUAUUUCUUAAAUAUAGGCAUUUAUGUGUGUAUUUAUAUAUACAUAUAAAUAUAUAGAGUACACACACUUAUAUCAUGUAAACAAACUGAUUUUGGAUGCAUAUAUUUGACAGCAUAUAUAUAAUGCCAAAAACAUGUAACAAAAAUACUUGCACUUGAAAAUGUAAAAAUAAAAGGCAAUUGAAAAUAUUAAUAAAUGCAAAAGUAGUAUAUUAUACAAUAGUAGAUAAAUUAUAUUAAAAUAACACUGCAGAGUAACAAUUUUAAACCUGGAUAUGCACACGUUUAUGAGGAAUGGUGGUAUUUUUAGCGAAUUACUUAUUUUCACAAAAAUGUAUCAUAUGAUUUCAAAAGACUGUGUAUACAGAGCAUGAGUUACGGACAUUUUAUGGUGCUUUUUUUAACUUUUUACAGUUUGAUAGCCGCCCUAUUGGUACUAUAUACUUUAAUUUCAUGAAAAUGAUCAGCCUGAAAAUUCUGCCUACAAACCUACAGGUUUGGAGGACAUGAGUGUGAAUAAACAAUGCUAGGAUUUUUAAUUUUGAAUGAACUAUUCCUUUAAUUAAAAACGGUGACCUCGCUAAUGCCUUCGAUGUUUUUGACACUUUCUAUCUUUACAUGACAAUCACUUUUACAAAGGUUCUUUUUUUAUACUCUGCAGAUUAUAAUGGUUGUGCUUGAUAUAAUCAUUUAUUGUUAUUAUCAUUACUGUUACUAUUAGCUUUGUACUGUUUUAUUAUAAUUCUGUUGUUUUUCGGGGGAGGGAAUGGGGUGGAAUUCUUUUUCUCAUUUGACUUUUAGUUUUAGACGUUUGCUACCUGUGUUCAAGUGAGGAUUGCAAAUAUUUGCUGAAAGCAUGAUUAUAAAAUCACACUGUAAGUGCAAUAGCAAUAGUGGGACUUUCGAGUUCCCUCCCACUCCACUUUUUUUUUUUCUUUUUUUAUUCUUAGCAUCUUUGAACAAAAGUAUUAGAUAAUCAACUUAUGUUUUAGUGUAAGAACAAAUGUGAGAUGUGAUGGUUGGUGAGUUUAAGGGCAGUUGCGAGCAGCUCGGGUUUCUAUCUCUCUACUGGCCAAACACUUAAGCACUUGGCUUUGUCUCCAUGGCAACAAAGAGUCUUCUUUUAAAGGAUAGGCACACGGGGGAUUCACAGCCAACAGUAACGGCUCCAAUUAUUGCUAAUAACACAGAAGUCUUCUAUGCAGCGUGUGUGUGUGUGUGUGUGCACGUGCGAAUGCAUGUGUGUUUGUGUUUCUUUGCAUGCGUGGUUGUGUGUAGUUGAUGCACCAAUAUUCAAAACUGUUUCAAACUCAAAGCCAAGUGAGAAAAAGAAGCUUCCUAGACUAUUUAAAUGUCUUUUUUAUUUUUAAAAAUAUAUAUUAUAUAUACUUGUUCAUAUAUGUGAAAAGACUGAUUUGCUCUAAUAUGAAGAUACGGGCAUUUGUUGAAACAAUUUAGCUAAGCUUUUUGUUAUUCUUGUCGUUGUUGAUGAUGUUUUUGAGAUAUGAAUAUUCAGAAAUGAUAUUGAAAUGAAUUUAGGGAAUGUUGUAAGGACGCACCUCGUGUUUCUGUCUUUCAUUCAGCCAAGGGAAAUUCUUCUGUAGAGGAAUAUAAAAUAUGAAAAAGGCUUCUAAAACUGUAUGCACACUUUCUAUGCUAUUUUCAUAGGGGCUUGUACACUAAUGAUGGCUGUGGAAAGAACUCUGAAGUGCUUUUUACUACAGUAUAACUUAUUGUGUUUCAGUUGUGUUUUUAUCAUGUGUUUUAGAAUAAUAAAUAAGGAAAAAACACAAUAAACAUGACCAUAUUUGUAACGGUA